UCCCUCCAACUCAUGUUGUUAUACUGAGCAAACUUAUUCGUCUCGAAAUCUGCACCAGAUCGAGCGAAGCAACGCGAGCCGAGCCGGAGGCGUUCGUCUGCCCGGGGUGGCGCCAUGCGGAUCCGUCUCUUCUUCUGAACCGGGCAAGCGCGAGCCGCCUUCUUCCUCGUGCUCGACGGCGGCGACGAGCGUCGGUGGCGGCAUAGCACAGUCCAGCAACGAGCAGGUGAUUCGGCGCCCCGCGACGAGGUUUCAUGUAGGGGAGGGCAACCUGUUCCCAGCCCUCGAUUCCCACCGGAGCGUGCGAAGUCCAGUCGGCAGCAACGGCGACGCCGGUUCAGGCAGCCGCGGGCACGGCAAUGCCGGUUCCUCUUGCCCCUUACCCAACCCCUCCUGUGCCCUUCACACCACCGGCUCCCAAUGCAGGGGCUCAAAGCCAACUUGUCUGCUCCGGGUGCCGGAAUCUGCUCAUGUAUCCUGCCGGCGCAACGUCGGUCUGCUGCGCAGUUUGCAGUACCGUGACCGCUGUUCCGGCUCCCGGGACUGAGAUGGCGCAGCUAGUUUGCGGGGGAUGCCACACUCUUCUCAUGUACAUACGCGGCGCCACAAGUGUACAGUGUUCUUGCUGCCACACUGUCAACCUGGCAAUGGAAGCGAAUCAGGUUGCGCAUGUAAACUGCGGGAGUUGCCGAAUGCUGCUCAUGUACCAGUAUGGCGCGAGGUCCGUCAAAUGUGCAGUCUGCAGUUUCGUCACAUCAGUUGGGGCAUCAUCAGGUGCAGAGCAGAAGCCCAGCAACUGAAGUCCUGCAAGUUCAUACUGAAGGCAGCUUCCUGGAAUAAGGAUGCUUUGAGUGCACAUGUAUAGAGUUCUUCCCAGAAGCAAUCUCUUCCUCCCAUCUCCAUUUCCCACCUUCGUUGGACCUGGCGAGCUUGCGGAAUAAUCAAGAGUUUUUGGUAAUACAUAGUGCUCGAAAUUUGUCGAAUCAUCUGUGUAACUGGAUCAGACAGAUAUAAUGAACCCACCAUGUUUAUGUUCAAUCCUAGCUUCUUUUACA